AUGCUCCUCCUUUUAGAUAAUUUCUGUGAUGGAAAACCUAAUGGUGACUACAAAGACCCCGAUACCUGCCAUGGUUUUAUCUCAUGUUCAAAUGGGAUUCCGUACAAAAUGCCUUGUCCAGCUAACCUGUGCUUUAAUGAAAGAAAGGAUCAAUGUGACUACUGUAAAAACGUGCCAUGUGGUAAGCCUUUAAUUUUUAUUCACCAUUAUCGCGGUCAGCAGUUUAAAAUUGGGGACUGUGGACUACAGCCUCUCCUGAGAACAAAAGCAUUCGCAGAAUAGUUCAGUUCAGUUUAGUUUUUCAUUUACACUUUAAUAUUUAUGACAUUCUGACAUUGCAUAUAGUAACGUAGGAAUGAAAUAACGAACAGGAGAAGAAACGAAAAGGAAGAAAUUAAUGGCUUUGCUAGAGGUGUACGGCGGUCAGAUUAGCUUAGCUUUCGAGCUUACCACCGCUUAAUGAAAAUGUGUGCGCUAGUUGUCAUGGCAGCUUUCGACGACGAUCAUGUGAAACAGCCAUCUUGCAUUGUCACCUUUGUGAGUUAGAGUAGGGAUACAUAAUGCAGAAUUAGCACUUGCGUGUCUUAGAUUUAGCUAACAAAACUGACAUAUACUGAAACUUGGCCCACUAGUCUAGCUGUUUUACCUAACCAUUUGUAAUCGCUUUUUCCGGACAUGCAAAUAGGACAAUUGCACGAUGACGAUAUUUGACUACAACUAACAGAAUUCAUUUCGGUUUUGCUUUGUUAUUUAAAUUUGUCAAUCCCGCUGAGGAUUAAAGAACAAUAGCCUUAAUUUGCACAAGAGAACAACAAACUCAAGGAUUCUGGUAGUUGUAGUAAAAUGACGUCAUCGUGCAAUUCUCCUAUUGUCUAUCACUUUAGCCCGCAUUGUACAUACUUUCCUGUGUACCUCCGUAUAGAUCCAGUUGAUGGUGGUUGGUCUCCCUGGAGCCCUUGGUAUCCCUGUUCUGUUUCAUGUGGGGGAGGCAUCCAAAUCAGGGUCCGCACUUGCACCAACCCCCCUCCGUCUUACGGUGGAAAGCCUUGCUGUGGCCCGAGCGUGGAGUCGAGAGCUUGCAACCAACAACAUUGCCCCUGUAAGUAUUGAACAGUAGCAAUUGUGCAGGUAAAUUUAUCUUUAUAACCUCUUUUUGUUAUUUCUGUGACACGACAUCGGGUCCUAACGUUUUAACGUUCAGCGUUGGCUAAAGGAUAGCAGUUUAAUGACUUAGACAAGAGACAAGGCUAUAGGUUCUACUACCAGCCCCCUAUAUGUACUCUGAACUUAUCUGUACCAUUGUAACCAAAAAAUAAUAAUAAUAAGACAUUCUAUAUUACAAUGGUACUCAUUUUGGAAAUCGGCCAUUAAACGUGCAGUUCGUGCAACUGACGUGAUGGGAGAACAAAGGAUAAUUCGAACUUCAAGUCCACACGAAGCUCCGCCCAAACGACAAUUUCAGAGUAUUAUGGUAUUUUUUUCAAAGCGACCCAUAAUUAUGUGAUUUUCCAAUCUGCGUUUUCUUUCAGUCACUUGCCGAGGAAAACCAAAUGGAGAUUACAAGGAUCCCAACAACUGCUAUGGGUUCAUAAGCUGCAGUAAUGGUAUAGCGUAUUAUAUGCCAUGUCCAGCUGGCCUUAGAUUCAAUGCAGCCUUGGAUAAGUGUGAUUGGCCAGAACACGUGAAGUGUUAA